GUUAUGAAACACUUCAAAUAAAGAGUUACAUAAAAAUGGUGAUGAUGGGGAAAAUGUUGAAUCUAGGCUCCACAAUGGGUACUUUGAUGCUUCUUUGUACCGGUUUUAAGAACUUCUUCCCUCGUCAUCUUCAAUUCUAUUUCGAGAAGUAUUUCAAUAAAAUUGUGAGGUUUGCUUAUCCUUAUGUCGAAAUCAUCUUCGACGAGUUCACCGGGGAACGCAUGAAGCGAAGCGAAGCCUAUUCCACCAUCAAAACUUAUCUCGGCGACAAGUCGUCGGCGUCGGCGAAGCGUCUCAAGGCAUCUACGGUGAAAGAUAGCCAAUCCGUAGUCCUUGCCAUGGAUUAUAACGAAGAAGUAACUGAUGAAUUUCAAGGGGUUAAAGUUUGGUGGUCUGCAAACAGGACUCUUCCCAGAACACAACGGAUUUCAUUGUAUCCGGAUGAUGAUGAAAAGAGAUAUUUCAAGCUGACAGUCCAUAAACGUUAUAGGGAAUUAAUCACUCAGUCAUAUAUUAGCCAUGUUUUGAAGGAAGGCAAGGAGAUCACGACGAAAAACCGGCAACGGAAGCUUUAUUCGAACAAUUCGAGCGACAACUGGUACCGCUAUCGAAGGAGCAAGUGGAGCAAUAUACCUUUUGAACACCCUGCAACGUUUGAUACAUUGGCAAUGGAUGAGAAACUGAAACAGGAAAUCAAGAACGAUUUGAUCAAGUUUAGCACGGCCAAGGAUUACUAUGCUAGAAUUGGCAAGGUUUGGAAACGUGGAUAUCUUCUUUAUGGUCCGCCGGGGACUGGGAAAUCUUCGAUGAUUGCGGCGAUGGCGAACCUAUUGAACUUUGAUGUUUACGAUCUCGAACUCACCGCGGUGAAGGAGAACGCCGAGUUGAGACGGCUAUUGCUUGAUACAUCCGACAAGUCGAUCGUGGUGAUCGAGGACAUCGAUUGCUCUCUCGACCUUACAGGGCAAAGGGAGAAGAAGAAGAAGACGGAGAAAGACGCGAACGAUGACGAGCAGUCCGGUGAUCCGAUCACGAAAAAGGUAAAGGAAGACAAUAAAAAGGAAAGCAAGGUUACAUUAUCAGGGCUUUUGAAUUGUAUCGAUGGACUUUGGUCGUCCUGUGGGGGCGAAAGAAUCAUUGUUUUCACCACAAACUACGUGGAGAAGCUUGAUCCCGCACUGAUAAGGAAGGGAAGAAUGGACAAACACAUUGAACUGUCUUACUGCUGCUUCGACGCAUUCAAGGUGUUUGCCAAGAACUAUUUGGAGAUUGAUUGCCAUUCAUUGUUCGGAGAAAUCGAGACAUUGCUGGGCGAAACGAAGAUGACUCCGGCUGAUGUUGCGGAGAAUUUGAUGCCCAAAUCGGACUACGACCAAGUGGAAACUUGUUUGAACAGCUUGAUCGAAGCUCUUAGAGCUGCAAAGGAGGAAGCAAAGAAGAAGGCUGAGGAUGAAGCUCGUUUAAUGGCGGGGAAAAAAUUAAGAAAAACAGAAGCAUACAUCUGAGGAAGAAGUGAAAGAAAACGGCGUGGCGAUGGCUGCUGAAAAAAAUGAAAGAAAAUGGUGUCACAGUCGGCCA